AUGGCUGUUCAAGAGGGCCUCGUGGCCGAUGACGAGGACGACGAUUGUGAGACCGCGCUCGAAGAUGCUAGAACAGGGUUAGAUCUACUGCUUAGGUCUCUAGCUCGCGAUAAGGGGCCCCGUUCCCCACCUGUUGCUAAGUCAACCCCAGACAACCCUCCACCCGUCGACUUGAGCGAGGCUGAUUCUAUCGAUGCAACGCCCCUCGAGCCUACUGUUGGGUCAGCUCCACACAACAACACAGUGACCCCCACUCCUAAGGAUGUGGCACGCAACAUCCGCCUGAAGCAAGCAACGCUCAGCUUCGGGAAGUCUUCUGCAACCACUGAUGGCGACAACAACCGGGCUGGGCCGUCUAACCUGGAAAAGCCGCGGUGGAAACUCAACCUCGCUCAGCUCAUUGACGAUGUGUAUGAGGAUGCGUACGAGAAGUGGCUUGCGACGUGGUCGAGUCGGUUUCCUUGGCUGGUUCUAACUAAAACCGUGGCCGGUUUGCCUGCCUUUAAAUGUAGUGUUUGUGCAGCUCACGCUGGUGAUGCAGGCAAGUGCGGGAGGCGCGGCAAGGGGGCCAUGGAUGUUCAGACUCAAGCCUUUCGAAAGCACGCAGGAACUCAAAAGCACAAGCUGGCGAUGGCGAAAUACACCGCGCUUGUGGACGGCGGCAGCAGGCAACCACGCAUCGAUCAACACAGGGCGGCAUGCGACGAGGAUAAGCUGCGCGUCGUGGCCCUGCUGGACUCCUUGCUGUUCGUCAGCAAGUGUGACGCGCCCAUGGGACUAUGGGUGAAAUUGGUGCGCUACCUGGCAGAGAAGGGUGUGAAGGGCUUCCCCAAGAAGGGUUACGGGACGUACUACACCACAGAGGCCCUUGCUGCGAAGGACGCUUCUGAUGAUAUCCCAGACUUCAAGAUUGUUGACAAGGUUAUCCGGAACGUGGCAGAGCAUCUCGGGCGUUCGGGGCCCUGGCACCAGCGCUUCCUCGGCCUCCAGGAGGUGUUCACGUCGACGUCCCUUGAGCUGCAGGGCAUACAUGCCGUGCGGUGGCUUUCGCGGGGAGACGCCGUCCUUCGGUUUCUAGCCGUCUUGCCAGCCGUCAUUGUCAUGCUCAAGGAGUAUGACAAGAAAAUGUUUGCCCUAGUGUCGAGCUACCGUUUCCAUUUCCUCUUGAAUUUCAUCGCCGACGUGCUUGAGCAACUCAACAUCCUCAACCGUGCGUUCCAGCACAAGGAGCUUGAUUAUGCUUCUCUCCAUGCACAGAUCAAGCGGACUACCUUCCACAUCGAGAGCCGCUACGUCGACUAUGGGGACGACUUCGGUGGAGGCAUGAGCGAGCGGCUCUCUCCAUUCCUGACGCAACAUGGGCCGGGAGGGACGAGGGAGAUGACAGUUGCCGGCAUCGACUCGGACGGAAGGCCGACGGAGUUCUCGUUCGUGCUUCAAGAGGACCCAAUGGAGGAGUUCGGCGGGCGUGGAACUUACGACGGAUGCGUCGACGUCUGUACGGCGUUCGCAGAGAUGAUCGUCAGCAACAUCCACGGAAGAUUAGGCGACUUGGAGUCGCUGUCAGGGUCGAGACUGUUCACGCCUGACGCUUGGCCUCUGGACCGUGGCGAGCGUCACGCGCGGUGUGUCGAGUGA